AGCACCGAUCGUAAUGUACUGUAACGGUUUGGAUACAAAUGCAAGAACAAACAAUAGGCUACAUAAAUGAUGCAGUAGGCCUUUAAUACAUAUCGAAGAUGGGUCAGUGAUUUAAACACGCUCAUUCCCUCUGCAGUUUUGGAUAGGUUUAUUUUACGCUCAAGUUUACGCUCAUAAAAUAGGCAGUGCGUUUUCGGUCGGUGGAUGUGUCAGUAAGCGUCUUUGACGGGAGAAUUGGCGCAUCUCACGGAGCAGCCACCAGGACAAUCGGGUUAUGAACGAUUCGGCCUUUUUGCAAAAAUACGCUAUGUUUUCCCGUGGAGUGAUGCAAUCACCUUCGGUUGCAUGCAGGACAGCGAUGGGCCAUUGGUAGAUCAUACAGUUGUAUUAUUAUAAACGGGGACGCUCCUCCCGAAGCCAUAUUUGUUUUGUAUGCCAAAUUGAGGUAGGGGGUGGAGAGUCGCUACAGAAACAUUGGGCUUUGGCCAAACAUCACCCUGUAUUAGUCAAUAAUUUACGUUUAGUCGUGGGUUUGCGUUCCUUUUCGUGCAAAAUUUCCGAAUUGAGCGAAUUUUGCCAGAGAAAUGCAGCUUGCUUGAGGACACCCCCGAUAUCGGUUGGCUGCUGCUGCCAUGAUUGGCAGAAGUCUCCUCUCGAUCACUGCUUCGCGGGUUGGAGAAGAAGCAGAUUGAUUUGGACCUGGUCUCAGCUGCGGAACUGCCGAUGUCGGAUGUUAUUAUCAGUGGAGCCUGAUCCUGUAAAUAUUAGAAGCGCAAACAAAGAGUAAUUCUGGAAAAACUCAGGGAAAAUGUCUUCUCGUUCUGCGUUACCGUCUGGGAACGACAGGGGCACGGACCAUCAUGUGACCCUGGCUGCCAGCCGCUCAGACAAGGGAACCAGCCUGUCCAGCCGCUCGCUGGGUGCCCGCUGCAGGAACUCCAUGGCCUCCUGCUCUGACGAGACUCCGCACAUCGGCAACUACCGCCUGCUCAAGACCAUCGGCAAGGGCAACUUUGCCAAGGUCAAACUGGCGCGCCACAUCCUGACGGGCAAGGAGGUUGCAAUAAAAAUCAUUGACAAAACUCAGUUGAAUCCAACCAGCCUACAAAAGCUUUUUCGAGAGGUUCGGAUAAUGAAAGGUUUAAAUCACCCAAACAUAGUGCAGCUGUUCGAGGUGAUUGAGACUGAUAAGACCCUUUACCUAAUCAUGGAGUAUGCCAGUGGAGGUGAAGUGUUUGACUACCUCGUAUCUCAUGGUAGAAUGAAGGAGAUUGAAGCCAGAGCCAAAUUUCGACAGAUUGUGUCUGCUGUCCACUACUGCCACAUGAAGAACAUUGUCCACCGAGACUUGAAGGCUGAGAACCUCCUGCUGGACGCCAACGCCAACAUCAAGAUCGCCGACUUCGGCUUCAGUAAUGAGUUCACGCUGGGCAACAAGCUGGACACGUUCUGUGGCUCCCCGCCCUACGCUGCCCCGGAACUGUUUCAGGGGAAGAAGUACGACGGGCCCGAGGUGGACGUCUGGAGCCUGGGAGUCAUACUAUACACGCUGGUGUCAGGGUCGCUGCCCUUCGAUGGGCAGAACCUCAAGGAGCUGCGUGAGCGCGUCCUGAGAGGGAAGUAUCGCGUGCCCUUCUACAUGUCCACCGACUGCGAGGGGAUCCUACGCCGGUUCCUGGUGCUCAAUCCCACCAAGCGCUGCACCUUAGAUCAAGUCAUGAAGGACAAGUGGAUAAAUGCAGGGUAUGAUGAGGAUUCCUUGAAGCCCCAUAUAGAGCCUGUUGAGGACUACAGUGAUGCCGCUCGCAUAGAGGUGAUGGUGGGGAUGGGCUUUACUCCCGAGGAGAUCAAGGACGCUCUGCUCAACCAGAAGUACAACGAGGUCACCGCUACCUACCUAUUGCUGGGCCUCAAGAAUGAGGAUGGUGGCGAGUCUCGUUCGGCCAGUACCCUGUCCCUGGCACGGGUCCGGCCCAGCCCCAUCACCAACGGGACCAACAAGCACUCCUUGGCCACUGCAGGCUCCUCUUCCUCCUCUUCAUCCUCCUCACACAGCAAGACCCAGCGUAGCGCUUCCACCUAUCACAGGCAGCGGCGGCACAGUGACUUCUGCGGGCCCUCCAUGCCGGUCAUGCACCCCAAGAGAAGCCCCACCAGCACAGGUGACCGGGAGCUGCGGGAGGGGCGCAUGCCCCCGCGUAAGGCCAGCUGCAGCGUGAUGGGCAGUCGCUCGCUGCCACCCUCCAGUCCCAUGGUCAGCAGUGCCAAUAACCCCAACAAGUCAGAGAUCCCGGACCGCCGAAAGGAGAUGACUGCCACCACGGUGAGAAACAGUGAGAACAACAUCCCGGGAAGUGCCAUGACCCGGCGGAACACAUAUGUCUGCACGGACCGCUCCAGCACCGACAGACACUCACUGCUGCAGAAUGGCAAGGAGAACAGCUCCCUGUCCCACCGCCUGCCCCCCACAUCCCCCUCCACCCUGAGCAUCUCUGGGGCCGGGGCCUCCUCCUCCUCUAGCGAGCGCUGCCGUCUGACACGGGGCUCCACCAUUCGAAGCACCUUCCACGGGGGCCAGCUGAGAGACCGGGGCCCGCCCGUCUACUCGGCCCCGCCCACCUCCCCCACUCUGUCCCACCAUGAUGCAAGUCCCCUGCCGCACGCCCGCAGCCGUGCCACCUCCAACCUCUUCACCAAGCUCACCUCCAAACUCACACGCAGGGUCAAUCUAGAACCCUCUAAGCGCCAGGGCUCAAACAAAUCAGUCUCGGGUUGUACCCUUCCCCAGGGAUCAAAAACAGUUAGGUCACAAAUGAACCUGAGGGAAUCUGCCGAUCUGCGGUCACAAGGUCAGUAUAUGUCACAAGUUGCCAUUUACCUGGGCAUCAAAAAGCGUCCGAGCCCCGGGCCGUCGGACGUGGCUGGGAUCUGAGGGGACCUGGGGGGCGGCGGGACCCAGCGGAGGUGGUGCUGGCUCUGCGGGAGGCGGCACGGGGUUGCGGCUGCCAGGUCCACCAUGCCGGCCCCUUUCUGCUCUCCUGCACCCACGGGGCAGCCGGUGGUCAAGUGGCCUUUGAGGCCGAGGUGUGCCACCUCUCCACAGGGGGCAGCGCCGCCAACAAUGAGUCUUCCAACGGGGUGCGAUACACGCGACUCUGGGGGGCACCGCUUGCUUUCCGGGACAUCGCCACGCAAAUCUCAAAGGACCUCGAACUCUGAAUAUAAUGGGGGUUGAGAAGGAUGGAAAGAGAAAUAGAUAAAGGGACUUGGGGCUGCAGAUAAAUACAUUUCCUCCUGUCUCUUACGUGGCUAAAGACCUACCCCCCUCCACACCAGUCUCAACCUAACCACCCAAACACCCCACGCCACACAGACUCAAGCAUCUCCUCCCCCCAACUUCAUCCACUGGAUCCGGACCAGAGAGAUAUCCAGCUUCAUAUUUUUUAUCGUUAACUCUAGCCAGAAUGACUAUUACUUUUAUGAUUGGUAUCAUUGUGGUUUUUAACCAUCACCACCUCCGAACCGACACUAUCGAAAACAUUCUCGAAAACAUUUCUUGUGUCUCGCCGUCUUUGAUUGUCUUCUGCGUGUCACUGUAUGUGUUUUUGGUCAUUCUUCUCCCAUUUGAACAUUAUUAUGGAUAAAGUGAUAAUCCAAGGACUUGUCGCCAGUGAACAACAUGCACAAAUAGGGAGACAGUUGCUCUGUCUUUCAUUGUGUGCAUGGUAUGGGCGGGAUUGAAUUAUUGGCAAUGACAGAGGAGUUGACAGACACUUUGAACCAGCCAAUGGUGACCUUCACAUCCAUUUUCCGCUUACAAUAUCAUCAACAGAAUACAGUAGCAGAUGGGGAUGUUUUCUCGGACACACCAUGAAUCUUUCUCAGUAAGUCUUAUAGCACAUGACAAAUAUAAACUGGACAUAUAUAGGUUUCAGUUUUGUAGUAUUGUACAACCCACACCGUAAUAAGCUGUUUUGUUAAUGUAUAAGAUCAGGUAGUAUACACUUUGGUACACAUCAUGCUCCAUCAGCGGCAAUAUGAAAACGUAAUCUAUGUAGAUCAAAACUGUGGUUCAUAGUGCUAUUUUUUCACCUUCAUACCUCUUUAGCUACCUGUACAUUUGGUUUCCUGCACACACCCUUCCAAAGUAAUUCCAUUGGCACAUUCCUUUUCCUGAGAAACAAUUUUAACCCUCUGAUUGGCUGGGAUCAAUGUCUGUGUUGGAACUGGUCAUUACCAAUAAUCAUAUCAAGCAGUUUUUAAGCAUUUCAUCCCAUACUUCUCACGAUAUGAUCUAUCCCUUUUACCUUUCUUCAGCAAAGUUGAAUUCAAGUCAUGAAAGAGUUACACAGUUCCUCUGCAUAAAAUUGCCUAACUCAAUGUAUUAUGGCUGAAAGGGUGGCUGGAAAGGAAGAGAAUCCAACCGCUUUUCACUGCAGAACAUUGCGCCCUUGAAUGCCACAUGGCUUUGCCAAAAUGAAAAGCUGUCAGACAUACUAGUGAACCAAAUUUGUAACAGACAAUGUUUGAAGUACAUGAUUAUUUAAGUAUUUGAAAUAUUUUAUUUCUGUGUAUUUGAGUAAGUCGUAUAUGUAUAUAUGUAUAUAUGUAUAUGUGUAUAUAUAUAUAUAUAUAUAUAUAUAUAUAUAUAUAUACAUAUAUGUAUAUAUAUAUGUAUAUACAUAUGUACAUAUGUAUAUUUACAUAUACAUAUAUAGAUAUAUAAAUGUCAUAUUGCUUUCAGUGCAAUGCGAUGCAAUGCAAUUUAGUUUGAUUUCUAUUCCAUGCCAUGCCGAUUUAUCUUCAGCCAUCUCACUACAUUGAAGGUGAACAUCAAAAUCUGUUUUUUUCUGAGGCAACUGAAACCACCCAAUCACAUUUCCACUGUUACACACACUGGUGCCUCUACUCUGACACCCUUCAGCAUUUUGACAUUGGUGAACUUCAGAUCAAACUGGUUUUGUCUACUGCUGAUGACUAUCUGACAUGACAAAAUGCUACAGUUUACUAUAUAAUACUAUAGUACUUACUAUAGAAUUAUGUAGUUAACUGUAGUAUACUGUAGAAUACUAUACUCCACACUGUAGUAUCCCUCGAUCAUGUGUAGCACUUACUAUAUAAUUUUGUAGUAUACUGUAGAAUGCUAUACUACACACUGUAGUACCCCUCGAUCGUGUAGUUCUUACUAUAUAAUCUUGUAGUAUAUUGUAGAAUACAAUACUCCACACUGUAGUAUCCCUUGAUCGUGUGUAGUACUUACUUUAGAAUAUUGUAGUGUUCUGUAGAAUGCUAUACUCCAUACUGUAGUAUCCCUCGAUCGUGUAGUGCUUACUAUAGAAUUUUGUAGAAUACUUAACUCCACAUUGUAGUAUCCAUUGAUCAUGUGUAGUACUAUAGCAUGUUGUAGUAUACUGUAGAAUACUAUAGUAAAUACUACAGUAAUUUCCUCAAAAAUACUACAGUACCCGCAAAAAACACUACAAUGUUCUAACUAUAGUAAUUCUACAAUAUUCAUUUGCAUAUACCUCACCCAUUCCCAUACCGCGUACCCCAAUUUGUGCCACCCAUGAAUGAGAAACCUACAUGCCAAGUAUAGGUCAUAUAUUGUGUUCCCUACAGGUUAUAUAAAAGAGCAGAAGCUCUAAAGUAUCCGUUCAGACUCCAUUCCUACCUACAGGUUAUGGAAAAUUUGCUCUUUUAGUGUUUGUCCUGUUGGUUUCCUUCAGGGCGGCAAGUAGCCUAGCAGUUAGAGCGUUGGGCCAGUAAUCGAAAUGUUGCUGGUUUGAAUGCAUGAGCUGACAAAGUGAAAAAUCUGUGCAAUGUGCCCUUGAGCAAGGUACUUAACCCUAAUUUGCUAAAGGGGUGCCAUACUACUAUGGCUGACCCUGUAAAACAACACAUUUCACUGCACCUAUCCGGUAUAUGUAACAAUAGUAAACUCUAUAGUAAACUGUAAAUCAUGUCUGCAAAAACACUACAGUAUAUACUACAGUACACUACAGUCAUGUCUGCAAAAACACUACAGUAUAUACUACAGUACACUACAGUCAUGUCUGCAAAAACAGUACAGUUGAAUACUAUAGUAAAGUCUGCAAAACGCUACAGUGAAUACUAUAGUAUAUAAAUAUAGUAAUACUACAGUAUUUUUACCAUAGUAUAUUAAUGUAUUUUUUCAUGUGGGGUCGGCUACUGUGGGUUGUAGGGGAAGUGCGUAGACACGCAGAGGAGUAAUUUAGAGAGACAGAGAGAGACAUAAAGACAAUGUGACUGGGAUGCUGUGUUUUCCCUGUUGCUCCUCUUACAGUAUGCCUACAUACAGUAAAAGUACAAUGUUGGAAAAUAAGAACCUCAAAAAGGCUUCCUCACCCUCCUCCUGAUUAGAAUGAAGGACGUACUGUGAUGUUCAUGUAGGCUACAGGGACCAAGAUGUCUGCCUGGUUAUUUACUGUUAACGCUCUCGGUCUCCGUUUUGGCUUUUUGCUCAUGGUGAUUUAACCAGUCAGACCAACGUGAUCAUGUAGGGUUUGAUCUUCAUCACAAGUGUUUUUGCUGUCUGUAUGUCAGUUUGUUUUUGCCAUCCUCCUCCUGUCGGUUAUUUUUUCAAAAACACUCACAACUGUCAUCUGCUUCACAGACACGUUGUUGAAUAAUCUCUUCUGAAUCUCCUUGUGCUGUUUUGUCUGCCCCAUGACAGGAUCCCCUAUAUAGGAGAACAAUACUAGUCCACUACAUUUCACCGCCCUUUACAGUACAGACAGACACACUUAUUGACCUGAAGAGGGUCAGUCCUAUGUCCUAUAACAUUGUGGUGUAUAUUAGCAUUAGGUAAUAUAGACCUCAAUGCACUUUGCUUUGACUUGAAUCAGCUCCUUCCAGUGGACCCUAGGGCCAUGCCCAUAAUGAGCCACUGGAUGGCGCCAAUGUCUUAAAUGUGAACACUUCAAUUUGUGGAUAUUUGCACAGGUACUUUUAUUUAUUUUUUAGAUGAAUAUCGUAAUAAAAAAAACUGGAUUUAUAUCAGCCAGUUAAUGGCUGAAUAUAAAAUAUAUGAAUAUAGUAUAUAUCUUAGCGGUCAAGGUUUAUUUAUAGCUAGAACAAGGGAAGUGCUUCUAGUUUUAAGCAGUUUCUGUCAAUGACAAUAGGGAACAAUACCAACUUGCAAUCCUGCAUGACUUCAGAGUUUGGGUUUUGGGGGUAAAACAUGUAAUGAUUCACACCCAUAGGUGGAUGCUUUAUGAAAUAAAGAUGCAGUCAGUGUUUCGACCUGAUUAUGGACACAGAUAAACUGUACUGGGUAUUGUCCCUGCUCCCCCCCCCCCCCCUAUCACAAGUACAGAUGGCAGAUUUGGGGUAAAUUCCAAUGAUGUGACUCCUUCUAUUACUUACAGGGAAAUUGAUUCACUUGAUAUUCUGAAAUGUAAUUCACAAAUCUCUGAAUUUCUCUACUGUAUAACAAAAUGUAAAAUAACAGAUUUUUUUUUUUUAAUUCCAAUGUGUUGUUACAAAUUCUGCAAUUUUACAAAUGUUUAAAUUGAGACCAUCUCUGAUGGUCAGGCACAUCUGGGGUUGGGUUGGGUUGCGUUCAAGCCAUAGAAACGUCCAUUUAAGUUUUUACAGAAUGAAGGGGAAGCAUCUGGUUGAACAUAUCCAAAGUGGUUGCUAAGGUGAAGGAAAAAAUUGUUUCCAGGUAGAAUACAAACCUAUGAAAUGCAUUUAGAAAAAGAUAGUACAAUGUGUGCUGGUAUGCCUAUAAGAGACUGUCAGUGGUAUAGAUGGUUGUUGGAAACAGUAUUAUGACCCCAGGGGCUCAGUAUUUAAGGAAUGUGCAUUGUCAUGCUGGAACUGUUUAUUUGUUUUAACCGUUGAUGUAAUAUGCAAUAGAGGCCAAUGAGAUGGAAGAAGAGACACGUUUUGACCUGGAUGCCUAAUUCUGUUCACCCAUUGACCCCUUCAGAAACAAACAAUGUGAGAUUGUGUAGCCCAAAGGCCCUGGUGCUUUUGGUCUACAGCGAAAGUGAGAAACAUGGAGCUGACGAGAAAUAAAAUUCACAAAUGUUAUCUUU